CAGAUGAACGACGAGGGGCCCAACAACAGUCUCUUUCUUCAACAACCCGAGGGGAGCUGCUCGUCGUCGUCCUGGCAACAGUACCGCGAUCGCACCGGGAUAGUGCCCGAGUUGUCUAUUGCGCACGGUAGUUCGACAUCGCAGCGGGGGUUGCGGAGAUCGUACAAGGAAGACCGUAAGAACUACUAUCGUGGACGAGGUGAUCGACAUCUACUUCCGCAGCACCAGCAGACAAACCGGAGCCAACAUGGUCAACACCAC